AAAAAGGUUAAUCUAAUAACGACGCGUUUUUGAGUUUCAAGAAGACUUUUCAUUUUCUUCGUGUUACGUCGCAUCGAUCGAAAGUUUUUUCUCCAUCCCCAUAGUCAUAUAAUAAAUAAGCCAACGGUGGAUUAACGAUAAACGACGAACGUGAUCAAUUUUCAGUUUGCUCACUAAGUCUCGUACGCUCGAUCGAAGCACGUGCUACGCUCUACCUAAGAGAGGUUAAAAGUAAGAAAAAGGAAAUAGUAUUAUAUACGUUUCGUCUAUACGUGCAUGUCUCGUAUCGUUUGAACGAAAGAAACAUGUCUUUCUCUGUCAUUAGAAGAAGAGUAAUUACUUUCUGCGGCAAUAAAUUUUAUCGCAACCACGCCAAAUUUGCGUCUCUCGAGAAGAUUCAAUUAUGUAGAACGACAAACGCAAAUAUACGAAUGGCGGCGCAUAUCACGACACAAAAAACCUGGAUGACAAACAAAGACGAAAGUCGCGAAAUUAUGGCUUUAUGGCCCGAUCUCGUUCGGGAUAUUACGAAUAUAAAUUAUUACUUGGAUAUACCUGAAGUCUCCAAGUGGAUGACCAAGGUAUUGCAGUAUAAUGUUCCUAACGGAAGGAAAAGGCGAGCAUUAACAUUGGUUAAUGCUUAUCAAAUGCUCGUACCUUCGGAUCAAUUAACAAAGGAAAAUAUUCGCUUGGCGCGUAUAUUAGGCUGGUGUGUAGAACUGCUUCAAGCAUUUCUAUUGAUAAUAGACGAUAUCCAAGAUAAAUCUCAUAUACGAAGAAAUCAAGCUUGUUGGUAUCUUUACAAUGACAUUGGUUUAGGAGCCAUUAACGAUGCAUUAAUGAUAGAACAAGCCGUUUAUCAAAUACUUUAUAUUCAUUUGAAAGAAAAAGAAUGUUAUAUCGAUAUAGUAGAUUUGUUUCACAAGAUCACUUCGAAAACGACAUUAGGACAAUGUUUAGAUCUGUUGUCAAAUAAUUUUGGUAAGAAGAUAAAUUUAAAUCAUUUUACGAUGGAUCGAUAUAAUGCUAUCGUAAAGUACAAAACUGCCUAUUAUGGGUUUCUACUGCCAGUUCAGAUUGCUAUGUAUUUAGCGAAUAUAAAAGAUCCAGAAAUGCACAGACAAGUAAAAACAAUUUUAUUAGAGAUGGGCCACUUUUAUCAAGUUCAAGAUGAUUAUUUAGAUUGUUAUGGCAAUUCAACAGUUACUGGUAAAGAUUCUACGGAUAUACAGGAGGGAAAAUGCUCAUGGUUAAUAGUUGUUGCUUUGCAACGUGCUACCCCUGAACAAAGAAAAAUAUUGGAGGAAUGUUAUGGCUCAACGGAUUUGGAAAAAAUUGAACGAGUAAAAAGUCUAUACAAUGAUUUAGGUUUAUCAAACACCUAUUCCAUAUACGAAGAGGAAACAUAUAAUCUGCUUAAUACGCACAUACAACAAGUAUCGCGCGGCUUACCGCACGAUUUCUUUUUUAAUUUACUGAAAAGUAUGUAUCAUAGAGUAAACUAAAUAUAUUUCUUGUAAUCAUUUAUACCAAAAAUUAAUAAAUUUAGAUUAAAUAUCCAUGUUUGCUGA